CGGUACCUGCCUGCAAAGAGUAUCUUAUUCUGGUUACCCGCGUUUGAAGUAGAAAGGCGAGAACCUCUCACUGUUCACCAUGAAAUUGUUUAUCCUUGCCACACUUUCAGCAACAUUCACGCUUUUCCCUGUGGGAACUCCAAAUCCUAUUGAUGCAAGGCCACAGUCAAUCGAUGCCAAAAAAGUGAAAAGCACAUCUGGGAGUAAUAAAGAAGGCCUUUUAGAUUACGGAACCAAUCUGGCCGGAUCAAACCAGCAAGUAAAACUUAAAGGGAUUGAAGAAAGGAAGAAGAAAAUUCAAAGUGUAGUUGAAAAUGUCAAAAGGGGUAAAGCAAAGGCCACCAAACGUUGCCAUCCUCAAGUUUGUCCCCCCGGUUGGAUUUCUCCUUGGGAUUAUGUUGGCAGUCAGAACAAUAUUCAUGUCGGUUGUGGAGGCGGAUGUAACGGCGGAUAUGACUGCGGAUAUGGAUGCGAGGGAGGUGACGUAGAGUAUGGUGGCUGUGGAGGUUGUGGUUGUGGUUGUGGAUGCACAGGUGGAUGUGGAUGCGGAUAUGGCCGUUGUUUUCCCCAUGUUUUUAGAGAUGGAAAUGUUCAACACGUUUGGCUCGGUGAGUGAGUGAAAGGCUUACGCUUUUAAACACCUUCAUAGGUUAAGUUUGCUUGGUCCUAAGAGAUGCCAAACAACUUGACAUGAAUUCCUUCCUCCAUAAGCCAACAUCUAUAAAGUGCAUGAAAUCUGCUUUCUUCUUCUUCUUCUUCUUCUCUCUCUCUCUCUCUCUCUCUCUGCAGCCCUUAAUAAGAAAGCUUGAAAGUUGAUAAUGUACUCUCUACAUUUGUAAUAUGCUUAAUAUGAAGCCCUUGAGUUUCGAAAGUGAAGGAUCUCUAAAAGUUUUCCAUUUUCCAAAUGGUCAUUAUCGUAAGCUUGGCUUGUACCAAAAUUGCACUUCUUGCACUCCUUAAACCUUGCGUCUCUUUAAACUUACUAGUGCUUCUAAUGAGAACAAGAAGAAAGGUGCAGCCUUCAAGUUAAGGAGAAAAAAGGGCCAUGCUAAUAUGACUCAUGAAUGGUUUGUUUUGCUUUCCGUGCAAGAAUGCUGAAUUGAUUCCGCUGGCCGAGGGUUCGUGGAACUAAAACGAGAGUAAACUUGCUCUGUGAAUGGGGGCUUUAGGCCUUUAGGCAAAGUUUAGUUUUGUAAGUGUUUUGGUCGAUUUUUGUGCUUAGUUUCUCCACGAAAACCUUCUAAAGAGUCAAUAUUUAGGUCUUUUAUUUUUUUUUUAAUUUAUCGUUUUCUCUCUGUUUACAGGAGGCCAGAAAAGGAGGGAAGGCAUACCUUCCCCGCUACUGGUUGGAAGAAAUAGAAAAGUGUUUUCCGUUUCUUUGCUUAGGAAGCUACCGACUAAAUGAGUGGUUAUCGUCCGUCCAUGCUUAGGAGAUCAGCAGUCCUAAGACCACUACUUGUAAAGAAGCC